CAACGCCCAUCAAUAAGCAGUUGCAAGCAAAAGGCUACUGCGCUUUCUCACGAACUUCCGCAGCGAAGCCGCUCUCUCUCUUCUCCGCCAUUGUUGAAACGCUUUUUCUUCAUACAUAAGUUCUACUUCUCUAUCUCGUUUGAUGCAUUGAAUCAACAAGGUGUCAACAACAAUGGGUAUAUGCUUGUCAACUGAAUCGCCACCAAGGAAAAACCAUUCGAAACGCGUCACAAAUCAAUCAACUACAUCAGCCAAUAGCAAUUCAAGCAAUCGAUGGUCUCGCGUUCGAUCUCUGUCUAGUAAGAGAGAGAAAUUCGAUGAUGCUAUGAUUCAUGAACAUGCAAUCGCUGCCGCUCUCCUUUUCCAGCAAAAUGGCGGUGUUUUGCCUUUUGAUCGAUCAACUUCUCUCCGGCAUCCUCCUGGCUCUGCGAACUCCAAACGUCAUAAUCCUCUCCCUCGGAGUUCUAGUACUAGGCCUAGAUCGGUUGCUGAUCCUCUGCUUCCUCCUCAGCAGCUCCUUAAUCAGGAUCUAAAUCUUGAUGAACUGGAGACAAGCCACAUAGUCCUUGUUCAUGGAGGUGGAUUUGGAGCCUGGUGUUGGUAUAAAACAAUUGCACUUUUAGAAGAAUGUAAAUUCAAAGUUACUGCAAUUGAUUUAACUGGUUCUGGAAUCGAUUUGUUUGACACCAAUAGCAUCAAAAGUCUUUCACAGUAUGUAACACCACUCAUAGAUUUCUUUGAAAAGCUCACAGAUGGAGAGAAGGUGAUUUUGGUAGGCCAUGAUUUUGGUGGAUCAUGUAUAUCAUAUGCAAUGGAGCUAUUUCCAUCUAAAAUUUCAAAAGCUAUAUUUAUCGCUGCUUCUAUGUUGAAAAGUGGUCAAAGUACUCUUGAUAUGUUCUCACAAAAGGAAAAUACAAAUGAUCUCAUGCGUAAAGCUCAAAAGUUCAUCUAUACAAAUGGGAAUAAUUUGCCUCCAACUGCAAUUGAUCUUGACAAAAUGCUCUUAAAGGACCUUCUAUUCAAUCACAGUCCUCCCAAGGAUGUCGCAUUAGCGUCUGUUUCGAUGAGGCCGAUUCCAUUCCCCCCAGUUCUAGAGAAACUCUCUCUUUCCGAUUCCAACUACGGAAAAGUGAGAAGAUUCUACAUAGAAACACCUGAUGACAAUGCCAUUCCAAUCGCCUUACAACAAAGCAUGAUAAACCAAUCCCCACCUGAAAAGGUAUUCCGUAUCAAAGCUUCUGAUCACUCCCCUUUCUUCUCAAAACCUCAAGCCCUACAUAAAUUACUAGUCGAAAUCGCAAAACUCACAUAAAAAAUUUAAAAAAAAAAAACAGCACAUAAGACAUAACCAUGAAAACUGAAAAGUAACAUUUGCAUAGGUAGAGCAUGAUUUUGAACGCCGUGUACAUUGUGUUUUACUUCAAAUUUUAAAUUCAUAAAUUAAAAUAAAUCAUGUUGAAUUUUACGUAUGAGAAAUUGCUAGAAAAUCAGUAAUUUUUUGUAGGUAAUAUUCGUUGGGUUAUAUUUCUUUGCCUUUAUAAUAUGUAAUAAUAAGAAUAUGAAGUAAGAUUGAGAUAUAGAUGGUAGGGAUUAUGUUUAUGUAAAUUUGAAUUAAAUAAUUUCAUUUGGUUUUUCUUGCUA